UGGGGGCGCGGCGGCGCGGGCCUCGCGCGACGGAGGGGCUCGGCGACGCGCGCAGGGCGGAGACUCCCCGCCGCGCGGGAGCCGCAGGGGUGCCCGGCCUCCGCGGGGACGAUGGCGGAGGAAGAAGGACCAUCUAUAGAACUGCGCCAAAGAAAAAAGCCAAAAUCUUCAGAAAAUAAAGAAUCUGCCAAAGAAGAGAAAAUCGAUGACACUCCAGUUCCUGAAAGAGCUCCAAAACAUGUAUUAUUUCAGCGCUUUGCAAAGAUUUUUAUUGGCUGUCUUGCAGCAGUUACUAGCGGUAUGAUGUAUGCUCUGUAUUUGUCAGCGUACCAUGAGCGGAAAUUCUGGUUUUCCAACAGGCAGGAGCUUGAACGAGAAAUCACAUUCCAGGGUGACAGUGCCAUUUAUUACUCUUAUUAUAAAGAUAUGUUAAAGGCACCUUCAUUUGAAAGAGGUGUUUAUGAACUGACACAUAAUAACAAAACUGUAUCUCUGAAGACUAUAAAUGCAGUGCAACAAAUGUCUCUAUAUCCAGAACUUAUAGCCAGUGUUUUAUAUCAAGCAACUGGUAGCAACGAGAUUAUUGAGCCAGUAUAUUUCUAUAUUGGUAUUGUUUUUGGAUUGCAAGGAAUAUAUGUUGCUGCUUUAUUUGUUACAAGUUGGCUUAUGAGUGGAACCUGGCUAGCAGGAAUGCUUACUGUUGCAUGGUUCAUUAUUAACAGGAUGGAUACAACAAGAAUUGAAUACUCCAUUCCUUUAAGAGAAAACUGGGCACUACCAUAUUUUGCAUGCCAAAUUGCUGCCCUUACCGGCUAUUUAAAAAGCAACUUAAAUACUUAUGGAGAGAGGUUUUGCUACUUAUUGAUGAGUGCUUCAACUUACAUGUUUAUGAUGAUGUGGGAGUACAGCCACUACCUCUUGUUUCUGCAAGCAAUAUCUCUGUUUUUGCUAGAUAAUUUUUCACUGGAGCAAAGUGAUAAGGUUCAUGAAGUUUAUAAAAUCUAUAUAUUUUCUCUGUUUCUGGGAUAUUUACUGCAGUUUGAGAAUUCAGCUUUAUUGGUGUCUCCUUUAUUAAGUUUAGUAGUAACCUUAAUGCUUGUUAAGUGCCUUCAGCUAAAUGUGAAGAAAAGAACUUUCGUAGCUAAAAUAAUGAAAUUUAUUAAUUUUUAUUUGGUGUGUACUCUGACAGUGACAUUGAAUAUUAUAAUAAAGACGUUUGUCCCACACAAAGAAAAUGGGCACAUGCUGAAAUUCCUUGAAGUGAAACUUGGACUAAAUAUGACUAAGAAUUUCACAAUGAAUUGGCUCCUAUGUCAAGAAUCCCUACAGGCACCAUCUCAAGAAUUUUUUUUGCGAUUGACACAGUCUUCUUUACUACCUUUCUAUAUUUUAGUGUUAAUUAUUUGUUUUCUUUCUAUGAUGCAAGUUAUUUUUAGGAGAAUUAACGGUGAGUCCCUGGAAGAGACUGUUACUCUGGAAGAUGGACGGAUUGGAGAAAGGCCAGAAAUAAUUUAUCAUGUGAUUCACACUAUUUUUUUUGGUUCUCUGGCAAUGAUUAUAGAAGGCUUGAAAUACCUCUGGACUCCUUAUGUAUGCAUGUUAGCAGCAUUUGGUGUAUGUUCUCCUGAACUUUGGACGACACUUUUCAAGUGGCUUCGAUUACGCACUGUACACCCAGUAUUGUUGGCUCUGAUUCUGAGUAUGGCUGUGCCCACUAUAAUAGGUCUCAGCUUAUGGAAGGAGUUUUUUCCAAGAUUAAUGACAGAAUUAACUGAACUACAAGAAUUCUAUGACCCAGAUACAGUGGAACUUAUGACCUGGAUAAAAAGGCAAGCUCCAGUUGCAGCUGUGUUUGCAGGGAGUCCACAGUUAAUGGGUGCGAUUAAAUUAUGCACUGGUUGGAUGGUGACAAGCUUGCCUCUUUACAAUGAUGAUGAUCUUCUCAAGAGAAACGAAAAUAUCUAUCAAAUCUAUUCAAAGAGAUCUGCUGAGGAUAUUUAUAAAAUACUGACAUCUUACAAAGCUAAUUACCUAAUUGUAGAGGAUGCUAUCUGCAAUGAGGUGGGAACCAUGAGAGGCUGUAGGGUUAAAGAUUUAUUAGACAUUGCAAAUGGCCAUGUGGUUUGUGAAGAGGGUGACAAGUUAACCUACUCAAAAUAUGGGCGAUUUUGUCAUGAGGUCAAAAUUAACUAUUCUCCAUAUGUGAAUUAUUUCACUAGAGUGUAUUGGAACAGGUCCUACUUUGUAUAUAAAAUCAACACUGUGAUAUCCUUUCAGUCUUGAAAAUAGUAGAGACCUAUUCCAUCUGAAGUAAAAUGUUGAUUUUCUUCUACCAAUGGGGGUCUUUUUGGAAAUCAGAAUCUGGACAUUGGAAGUGUUGCUGCUGCUUUUCCUCUCCUGCCGUUAACUGGACCCAGAGUUCUCUGGGGAAUAGAAGAUGAAGCAUCACUGGCCUUUGGUAAAUGUUAUAGCUUACCACUCUGCAGUGUUCCAGCCAGGGAUUCUUCUUACUGUUACAUGGUCUUUUAAGAUUUCACCUUCCAAACUAUUAUAAAAAUUUCCUCAGAAAUCUUUAUUUUAUCAUAACAUUGAUCUUGAAUUUGAAUAUAUUCAAGGUCUUAGUAUAUUUCUCAAACAUAACAUUUAAUAUAUACUUAAUAUGAUAUAAUUAUAGAAGAAGAAUUAUUCUUACAUUCAAGGCAGUUUCUAAAGGUAUUUUAUGCUUUAUAAUAGGACUGAAAUAUUACAAUAAAUAGCUAACGUAAAUGUUAGCUAAAAAUAUGUGGCAUUUAAAUUAAAGUGGAAAUGGCAUAAAGGAAAGUGAUUUUUAAGGAUAUAUAUAAAGGUAUAUCCAGAUUUUCCAUGAUACUGUUCUCAUCUGCUGCUUAUAUAAGUGAGCACUUUCUUAGUAAUUUACAUAGUGCAUGAUACUGCAUUUUAUUACUUUAUGACUUUUAAGUGGUUAGCUUUUGUCACUUAUGCUCAUAAACUUGAUAUGAAUUUAAUCAUCAUAAAUAGUAACUCUCUGUACCUACAUAUUUUUUAAAACAGACAUUUAUAAGAAUGUUGAUCAGGUUUUUAAAAAAUACAAAUAUGGGAUUUAUAACCUAUUCACAUGUUUUGUACUAAAAUAUUAGGUAAAAAAUUGUUAUCAGAAUAAAAAUACGUACACUAAAACGAGCUACAGUUUCUGGAAACAUGUGCAGAUUCUGUUAAAUACACCUCUGUUUACAGGGAGGCGUAUUGUAAAACAAAAGUGCAGUUACUUGUGAAACUGUGAGGCAGUCUUCAACGUUAAGAACCAAAUGACAAUUAUAAAGUUCACAGCACUUAGUUCCUCUAAGUUAAAUAUUUUCAUAUUUUAAUCAUUUAUAAAAAGAAAAUCUGAAAUGACUUACUUGGCUCGGAUGGGGGGAUGCAUGUUUAUUUUUAUCUUGUAUAUCUGUUUAGUGACCAGGUUUUCAAAGUGCUGUAAAAAUCAGUUUCACUACUCUACAUUAAAAGGGAGCAUCUUUCCAUUAUCUUUAUUUUCUGUAAUAUAUUUUAAAAGUACACAGGCUCAUUCAUUCCUAGACUAGCUCUCGGAUGCUUUGCUCUUUUGGAACUUAAGGAUUGUUUGAUGGCUGUGUCAUAUCUGGUGCAUUAAUUUUAUUAGUUCUCAAGCUUUUAUGUAAUUUUUAACAAUUCUAUUAAGAUAGCUGUAGGCAGGGUAUUUCAGGUUCUCUGUACAUCUUAAUAGUGAGUCACUAAUAUUUAGCUUCAAGCCUUAUGAAAAUAUUUCCAUAGUUAACCUAUGUACGUAAAACAUGUAACACAUUGUGAUUUAAAAGUCAGCUUGCAUAUUUUGAAAGGGAAAUAGAACAGCCUAUUUUCUAUGCAGCAUGAAAUAUUUAAUUGAAUUUUUAUUGAUUUACAUUAUAAUCAAAUACGCAGAAUUAGUUUGUUGUGUGUUUUUUUGUUUUAUUUUUGUUUGUGGUAUAUUAGUAAGUUGCUUUUGCUUCUGUCAACUUAUUUCUUAAAUAAAACAGAUUUGGAGAAACUUUUAAUUGAAUUUUUGAAAUAAUGAAUUUUUCAUUCAGCAUCAGUUAAAAAGGAAAAUGUGAUCUUCAAUAUAGAAAUAAUAAUACUGGAUAUGAGAAGUACGCUUAUUUUUUUCUAUUUUAACUGUAGUUAAAACAAUAGUACUGGAAAACUGAUUGCAUUUAAUUAAUUUCCUUACGUAUUUGUAGAGUAACAAAUGAUUAAGCAUUCUGUAAGUAAUCCUGUUUGGGUAACUUACAGUUGUUAGGUUUGACAAUAAAGAUCUAUUAUGUGCCCUCGCUGGUCAAGGGCACGUACCUGGGUUGCAGGCUCCUCCCUGGCCCUGGCCCUGGCCGAGCAUGUGCAGCAGGCAACCAAUCAAUGUGUUUCUGUCACAUUGACAUUUCUGUCUGUCUUUCCCUUUCUCUUCCACUCUCUCUAAAAAUCUAUGGAAAAAUAUCCUCAGGUGAGGAUUAAAAAAACAACACUAUUCUGUGAGGAGCAAAGUUUGUUGUAUUUGUGUGGAAGGAAUUUCUUCAAGAAAUAUAAAACGUACUUUGCCCUUAAAAACAUUGAAAUAAGUGCCUUAACGUCUUUAUUUCAAAGUUUACUUCAUAUUUUUGAAAAAAUAUUAUCCAUUUCUUUUUUUUCCAUAAGAAAAAUUUGGUAACUUUUUCCUUAUUAUUAAGCACAACCUCACUAUUCUAUUUUCACUAAUAAGCAAAUUUUUGUUAAGGGCAGAGAUGAGAUUUCUAGCUUGUUAAAUUCAUUUAUUUAGCUCGCAAAUGCAAAACAAUCCAACAAAUAAAACUUACUUGAUAGGGUCUGUGACAUUGACUCUCUGCUGGUUUCUGUUUAUUCUGCCUUUGGCAUCUGUAUCUUGGUGCUUUUUGUUAGACUGGUGGGUUUUACAACCUCAGGAGUAUGCAUUGCACUUUGGAACUUUUUUCUUUAUUACUUGUGUGUAGUCAGCAUGUUUUUCAGGAUAUGAACCUACAUUGCCAGUGCCUCUGUGUCGGGACACUCUUCCACACAGUCCGGAUUGAUUCAAGGGCAAAGCAGAAGUGGAGGUCAAAGUGUGUUACAAGUCAGGGCUGAAAAAUAUGCUUUAAAAAUUAUGAAUUUCUUGAAGGACACAGUGAAUCUGAUUAAACUGUUUUGUUUUUGAAAAAUUGUUACUUGGCCUGUCUAUUUUGAACUGUUAAAACAUUUUGAUGCCUUUUGUGGGUAAAACUAGUGCCUCUCUUUAUAAAAUUGGUGGGGUUUCUAAAAGUUGUAUGUCAGUUGAUUUUUUUUUUUUUUGGUACAUUUAUUUUAAAUGCAUAAAUAUUUAGAGGGCAUAUGUUAUGAAUUAUUCUGCAUAUUUAAGAAUCUUCUGUAAAGCAAAUAACUACUUCCUGAUUUGCAUCAAUAUAUUCUCUCUGUAUUGGUCCAGUUUUUAAAAUAGUUUUUGCUAUUUGCUAAUAGUUUUAGAUCCCAAUAUGUAUUAAAAGUACAGCUCUAAAAAAGUUGCAAGUGAAAUUGACAAUUUCUUAUUGAAACAAUGGCUUAAGUUUUUUUUUUACUGUUUUUUCUUUUUUUAUUAUUUUAUUUUAUUUUAUUUGUGGCUUAAGUUUUUUAAUGUGUAGAGUUAACAGUUUAAAUAAAAUUAGAGGACAAAAUUGCAAAGGAAUAUAUUUGAUUCAACUAUGUUUCAUCCAUUAAGGUUUCUAAACAUUAAACUUGUUUUUCAUAAUAAAAAAGAUUUGCUGCAUUUAAUAUAAAGGCAACUUGGAACCAAAUCUGUUUAUAAGUUUCUUGGAAUUUGCAAUAUUUUAAUCUCGGUAUAUAUAAUCCUAUGUGCAGUUCUAUAGGAGAUACACUGAACAUCUGAUCAUUGUAAUUAGUGGAAUAAUAGUAUCAGAAAGAAACAUGCAUUCCAGACUUAUGGCUUGAAAUAUUUCCGAAAGAAUCCUUUCAUAUUUUAUGUUAAUAGCUUUGUACAGCUGUUUAACAAAGAUGAAUACAACUGGUUUUAUGUAUGUUGACUUAUGAAUUAUAUCUAUUACAUUGAAUAUUUAGAUUAAAUGUGCUCAUCCUGUAACUAAGGUUGUCUUUGCAAAAGAAUAAAAAUUAAUUUCAGUAAGUAUAAAUCCUUUAAAUGAGUUGGGGUGUCAACUAGUUUACUUCACAUUUUUAUAAUGUGUCUAUUAUCAUGAAUGAAAUUAUUUCAUGCUUAAUUACACUCCCUUGUGUUUCCAUAAUAAAAUUCUUGGAAAAUG